AUGAUGGAUUUCGAUUCAAACAAUUUUGAUUUUGAUCCAAAUAAAAUAUCUGCAAUAGAAAAAAAACUUAAAGAUGAUAGUUAUGUUCUUAUACAAUUUUCAAGGGAUCAUUUGCCAAAUGAUCAUCACAUUCUGAAAAAUCUGAAAAAUUUUUUAAUUGAAAUUAUCAAAAAGCUCGAUGGUCAAUGUUUAGAUGAUAAGGAAGAAAAAACUUCUAUUGUUUGGCAUUUUCAACCAAUACAAGCAUCUUCCGAUAGAAAACAAGCUGAAUAUAUGGCAUUAUUUGUUUUAGAACCAGAUCACUUUAGUGAUGGACAAUUAGAAAUAAUUCGAUUAUCAAACAUUUUACAAUGUUUAUCAUUGGAAACAAAAGAAAAGUUACUUAAAAAUAAAAUACAAAUAAAUAUAUCAGAAGAAUUUCGAAAAUCAUCAUAUAUUGAUCAUAUAAAUGUACCAAUUUUGAUAGAUCAUGAUAGAAUUCGUUAUAGAUACGAUAUUUUAUCGCGAGAAAAUAAUGAAGAAUUAAAGGAGAUUAAUUCAAUAAUUAAUACAACCAAAAAAAUAUAUUCCAAAAUUAAAUAA